AUGGCAGAAAAUCCAGCAAAAAAGAUUGAGAAAGAAGAACAGAAUAGGCAGGAGACAGGUAUUCCCCACCCACUAGAAACUGAACUUGGUGUUAAAACUAUAGACUGCAGAAAACCACUUAUCCCUUUUGAAGAGUUUAUUAAUGAACCACUGAAUGAUGUUCUAGAAAUGGACAAAGAUUACACUUUUUUCAAGGUCGAAACAGAAAACAAAUUCUCUUUUAUGACUUGUCCCUUUAUAUUGAAUGCUGUCACCAAGAACCUGGGAUUGUAUUAUGAUAAUAGAAUCCACAUGUACAGUGAACAAUGCAUAACUGUACUCUACAGCUUAGUUCAAGGACAAUAGUUGGAUCCAUAUUUAAGACUCAAAGUCAGACAUGAUCAUAUCAUAGAUGAUGCACUUGUCCGGCUAGAGAUGAUUGCCGUGGAGAAUCCUGCAGACUCGAAGAAGCAAUUAUAUGUGGAAUUUGAAGGAGAACAAGGAGUUGAUGAAGGAGGUGUUUCCAAAGAAUUUUUUCAGCUAGUUGUGGAAGAAAUCUUCAAUCCAGAUAUUGGUAUGUUCACAUAUGAUGAAUCUACAAAACUGUUUUGGUUUAAUCCAUCCUCUUUUGAAACUGAGGAUCAGUUUACCCUGAUUGGCAUAGUACUGGGUCUGGCUAUUUACAAUAACUGUAUACUGGAUGUGCAUUUUCCCAUGGUUGUCUACAGGAAACUAAUGGGGAAAAAAGGAACUUUCCAUGAUCUGACAGACUCUCACCCAGUUCUCUAUCAGAAUUUAAAAGAUUUGCUGGAGUAUGAGGGAAGUGUGGAAGAUGACAUGAUGAUCACUUUUCAAAUAUCUCAGACAGAUCUCUUUGGUAAUCCAAUGAUGUAUGAUCUAAAGGAAAAUGGCGAUAAGAUUCCCAUUACAAAUGAAAACAGGAAGGAAUUUGUCAGUCUCUAUGCUGACUACAUUCUCAACAAGUCAGUAGAAAAGCAGUUCAAAGCCUUUCGGAGAGGUUUUCAUAUGGUAACCAAUGAGUCUCUCUUGAAGUACUUAUUCAGACCAGAGGAAAUUGAAUUGCUUAUCUGUGGAAGUCGGAAUCUAGACUUCCAAGCAUUAGAAGAAACCACAGAAUAUGAUGGUGUCUAUAACAGGCACUAUCUUAUUAUUAGAGAGUUCUGGGAAAUCGUCCAUUCAUUUACAGAUGAGCAGAAAAGACUCUUCUUGCACUUUACAACAGGUACAGACAGAGCACCCGUGGGAGGACUGGGAAAAUUAAAGAUGAUUAUAGCCAAAAAUGGCCCAGACACAGAAAGGUUGCCUACAUCUCACACUUGCUUUAAUGUCCUUUUGCUUCCGGAAUACUCCAGCAAAGAAAAACUUAAAGAAAGAUUGUUGAAGGCCAUCACAUAUGCCAAAGGAUUUGGCAUGCUGUAAAAAAAAAUAAUAAUAAUUAAUAAAUAUAACAAAAGGGAUAACAAUUGGUGGUGAUGAUAUCCCUAUACAAAAAAGACCAUAAGAUAGUGAGCUACAGUAGUCAUCCGUGUUUGUGCCUCCCUUCUUUCCUGGAGACAUUAGGGCUGGAACAGCAGAUUUCAGCUGCUUGUAUGAACAAAUUCUUUUUUUUUCUUUUCACGUGAAAGUGUUACAUAUUCUUUCACUUAUAUGUACAGAGAGGUUUUCCUGAAUAUUUAUUUUAAGGGUUAAAUCACUUUUGCUUGUGUUUAUUACUGCUUGAAGUUGAGCCUUUUUGAGUAUUUUAAAAAAUACCAACAAACUGUACUUUCCCAAGGAAAAAUAUUGCCAUCAUUUGUAGCCCGUGUAAUCUUCAAGUAUGUGCUUUUUUUUGUCCCUGCAUCUACUCAAAUCAGGAACUGUACUUUUUUGAACAGUUUGCUUUUAAAACUUGAAGUCCUGGAAACAGUGUGAUGCAAUUACUGCUGUUCUAGCCUCCAAAGAGUUUUCUGUGCAAAAUCUUGAGAAUCAAUAAAGAUGGAAGGGAGAACUUGGAAUGUUUUAACUGCAGCCCUGAGAACUUUACUUUAGUCACAGCACAACAAAUUAAAAAACAAAACUCAUGCCACUGUA